UUACAAGUUGGGCUUUAAUUCACACAAUUCUGAGUAAACUUUAGUGAAUGAAAAACUUGUUUGGUAUUAAAAAAGGACCUCUCCUAGAAGACCCACUCCAAAAUAAAUUGACUACUGAUGUAUGAAGAUGGCUACCACUAUUGGAAAUGUACAAAAUAAUGUUCAACGCGAUAUGAAGUAACUUAGGCCUUGAACGAUGUACACAUUUCUAGGUAGACUUGGGUGCAUAAUAGAAAUGUUCGAGUUUUCACAACGGACCUCCCCGGCUCUCCAAGAGAAAUUCACUUGAAACAAAAAUGACAACUGAUGUUAACCCGAAAAUGAAAGAGGAUGAAAUAGGAACAGCAAGACAGACAAUACGUGACAACCACCAUGAGGAAGCACAGUAAUAAACAAAGCUGGGGACUUGAAAGGGUCACAACUAAUUCUUAUGAUUUAUGAUUUGCAAGUCCUUAACUAAUAUACCUGUUUCUUAGAUUAAAUAGCUUGGAAAAUCAUAGAUUUACAUUGACAAUAACAUGGAAAAGUGGACUAAUAUUAUAUGUUAUAUCAACCUUUAUAUAUAUAUUCAACCAAUAAAACCUACUUUGACCUUUUUAAUGCUUAACCUAUAAUUAGCAUAUGAUCUAUUAAGCUUAUCACGUCUAUCAUAAGCCAGCUCAGUACGUGAUUUGUUUAAUCAUUCACAAUCUGAUUAUUGAAAUUUUCUUGCUUGCAAGAAAAAACAUUUUCUUCCAAUUUUUCAAAAAUUUUGCCCAAAAUUUGAUGAAAAUACAGAAUAAGGAAGCUUACCACAUUCACCUGAAUCUCUGAAAGAAAAAAAAAAUUACCUGAAAUUCAAAAGUUAGAAGGCUUACUGUAAGGCGUUCUAGUUGCUGCAUGGACGACAACACCUUCUCGUUAAGCGAUGGGCAGUGAAUUGUUAAGGUCAUCAUCAGGCAGGUCUCAGAAAUGGCUCAGGAAGAAAGCCAAGAAAUCCGAGCCGUCUAGCCCUGCUGAAGUUUCAGAUAGUGAACCUGAGGAAUACCAGAGCCAUAGUUUUGUCACAUCUAGAGAUAUCAAAUCGUCAGGAUUAACCCAUGAACUAAGAGUUUUCGUGGGGACAUGGAAUGUCGGCGGAAAAUCACCAGUAGGAAGCCUAGCUGCAGAUUUGGAUGAAUGGCUAAAUUUAAAGAACUCAGUGGACAUAUACGUUCUUGGGUUUCAAGAGGUUGUCCCUCUUAAAACAAUGACAGUAAUUGGACUGGAAGAUUAUACAGACGCGAGAAAAUGGAACCUGUUGAUAGGAAAAACUCUCAACAACAAAGUUGGGUGUGUUUGGUUGACACCUACGAUGAAUUCUCCAAUAAUUAGUGAUGAUUACGAGUAUGCCAAACCUUCGAAUUCUAGAGGACAAUCAAGAUUUAGAAGGAGCACAACUCCGCAGAGAGAGAGAAUGAAAACUCUACAUGGCGGGGAGCAGGGUGGAAAUCCUGCAUAUAAACUGAUGGCCAGCAAGAAGAUGGUAGGAAUCUUCAUCAGUGUAUGGAUGAAAAGGGAUAUUAUAAGGAAGUAUCGAGUUUCAAAUGUGAAGGCGUUUCCAGUUGCUUGUGGUAUAAUGGGUUGUUUGGGAAACAAAGGUGCUGUCUCAGUCAGCAUGUCAAUAGAUGGAACUAGUUUUUGCUUCAUUACUGCUCAUUUGGCUUCUGGCCAGAAGAAAGGGGAUGAAUUGCGAAGAAAUCAACAAGUAGGGGAGAUCUUUAAGCGAACAGCCUUCCCUCGACUUCCUCAAGAGUUUGAUGAUCCUCUUCCUCCCACCAUAACCGGACACGACCGAAUAUUUUGGUUUGGAGACCUGAACUACCGACUAUGCAUGGAUGAUGACAAGGCCAGGGAGUUGAUAAGGAAGAAGAAGUGGAAAGAACUGCAGAAGUUUGACCAGCUUAAGAAGGAACAACAACGAGGAGUAUUCCAAGGAUGGAAAGAAGGAGAUAUUGAGUUUGCACCAACAUACAAGUACUCUGUAGAGCUUGGCAAUCGAUACACAGGAGAUAAGCAUGCCCCCUUCAAUCCAAAUACAGGAGAAAAGAGAAGAACCCCAGCAUGGUGUGACAGGAUUAUGUGGUUCGGGAAAGGGAUACAACAACUUAAUUAUGUUCGUGGAGAAAGUAAAUUCUCUGACCAUAGGCCUGUCUCUGCCCUUUUCACCACAGAAGUAGAUGUCCUGGGACCUGCAAAUUCCAAGACGGUUGCACUAAGCAAGUUUCUUACUUCAAUGAAUCUAUCUAGAUUUGAUACACCUCAAGGCCAAUCCACCACCUCUAAACGUACGUUAUUAUCACUGAUCAAGGCAGAAACAGAAGAAUCAGCAAGUGAGACUCUAGAUAAUACUCAAAAUAGAUCAUAGCAUUAAGCUGGUGUUUCAUAUGGCACAUUGCUACAGCUUACCAGGGUUCUAUAGGUGAAAAUAACUACCAUACAUCCCUCUUCCAUAUCAAUAUUCAUGUUUAUAGCCCCAUACAAUUUUUCAUUCUUUCAUCUUCUCUUCCUAAGCACCAUCUAGGUAAUGGAAGUGAAGAGGGGAUGCUUGGACAUCGGUUGUAAUUUUACUCUGCUUUUCCCCUCUUGUUCUUUUAGCAGAAGAUAAAAACACAAAGUUCACAAAACAAUGUGACAAAAGCCAUUCAUGCAAAACUGAGGGGAAAAGGCAUCAGAGUUUUGUGUAUUCCUACAUUGAUCAUUUGCACACAAGUGCUUGCGAAAAAAAGAAGAUACGAAAUGAAGUAACAAACAGGCUGCUCUACAGUGUACAGAUGCAACUUUUCUCACUUCUUUACAACAUCAUAUCUUAUUUGUAUAUCCAACUCAUGGGAAAUUAAAUGGUUUGCACAUUCAAUGUAUCUCAAAAUCUGUAACUUAGACUAUUAUGGAAUGAUUUACGUUAAUCAAUUAUCAACAUGAAUAAAGGGCAAAACCAAAUUCAAUGCUUACAGGAAAUCAACUUAGCUCCAUUGCCUGAAGUAGUUACGCCAAGGCCUCUGAG